GGGCCGGGCCGGGCCGGUCCGGGAGCCGCCAUGGCGGGGAGUCAAGACAUGUUCGACCCCAUCGUGAUGGCGGACGAAAGGUUUCACGGGGAAGGCUACCAGGAAGGCUACGAAGAAGGCAACAGUUUGGGUAUAAUUGAAGGAAGACAGUAUGGCACGUUGCAUGGAGCCAGAAUUGGAUCUGAGAUUGGGUGCUAUCAAGGCUUCGCUUUCGCUUGGAGAUGCCUCCUGCACGGCUGUGCCGCAGAGAAAGACAGCAAAAAGAUGAAGGCCUUAGAGUCGUUGCUUGGGAUGAUUCAGAAGUUCCCUUACGAUGACCCCACUUACGAUAAACUUCACGAGGACUUGGACAAAAUUAGAGGGAAAUUUAAACAGCUUUGUUCAUUACUAAAUGUUCAGCCAGACUUUAAAAUUAGUGCGGAAGGUUCUGGACUUUCGUUUUGAGGAUGACAGAUGAACAAAGACGAAACCUCAAGGAACAGAUGUCCUGUUCCCACUUUACAGAUGAGGAAACCGAGACCCACGGGGACCGCCCGGUGCAAGGGCAUCGGCAGCAGAGCUCGGACUCCGGUCUCACGCCCGCCUGUCACCGC